AUGAUGAUUCUUGUCGUGAAAGCAGUCAUGGGUAGAGCGACAGCAGCACGUUUGACAUCCAUUUUAGAGGCGUGCAUAAUUAUAUUGAAGCCGAGCUGCCUAACCUCACAUCACUUCCUCUUCCUGCUCAAAUUCGUGCUCAAUUGGGCUGUGACUGCUGGUGUUCUAACGGUAGAACAGAUGGAGGUCAUCAACGAUUGGCGAAAUGAGUACCACGCAGAAGAAGCGAAAGCCAGUGCGCGACUAUAUGGGCGACCAUACUUAAGAGUAAUCUCGGUGGACCCUGUAGACUACGAAUGUGACCAGUUAUUGGUACGGCUGGACGAAGUAGGAGUGCCAAGUGAUAGUUCGAGAGAACGAACAAAGAAAGCAAACGAAAAAGACGAGUCAGUUGGUGAAGCUGCAGGGAAAACACCGACAAUACCAUUGCACCAGUCACAGACACGUGGAGGAAAAACUCCUGCUGGGAAGAAAACGUUCACACCAAAACCAUCUCAAACACCUGUGAGACAAACACCUGCUGGGAAGAAAACCCCUACGCCACUUAAUGCAGCGAAAAUCGAGCAACUAAAAAAACCAAAGCCACAGGACCUAGACCAAGAAAAAACGCAAGAGGCGUCAGGAGACGAAGGAAAACGGGCAGAACUAAAAAAACGGAAGGAGAAAGGUUCGUUGGAAGAUACGGAGCCGUCAUCGCGAGCUGAAGCGGGAGCAAAGGCGGAGCCCAAACCUGUUCAUAGUGAACGAGCAAAAGAAGCGCUAGCAAAGCUCAAGGCGACCAGCCCGAGAAUUAAAACUCAGAGUACUAAGCUGUCUAGGAAGAAGAAGAUGCGGGCUGGAAAAACCGGCACUUCUUCGAUAGUGUCCAAAUCAAUGGCAUCAGACGAUAACCCGGAUAAUCCGAAAAGUAUCUUCUAUCCAUUUAAGAAGGAUAAGAAGUGA